AUGAGGAACUCCUACUUGUCGCUCUACUUGGCGACAAUAGCUUCUCUUAUCGGACUUUCCUUGGCCUGGCCUGCUUGGUUUCCAGAACUAGACUUGCUUCUUGCACGACAGCUUAAUGGAAAUGACAAUAAUUUUCCAGUAACACAAACAUCAAAUAAUAAUCAACCGAUAGCUACACAAACAGAUGCAAGCGAUAAACCUGCAGGCACGAAAGAUAUGCCAGCAACCUUAACCCAGUCAGGAGAUGCUUCCAUAAUAACUGGCGGUACGCUCACUGCAAGUGGAACUGGAAAUGGGAAUGGGGAUAACACAGACUCCGAGACAGCUUCUGGAACUACGUCUUUUGAUAAUCGUAUUCCUGCAGGAGGCAUAUCGAUGAUCACACCUGCUGUAACACUAGGCCAGCAAUAUUUCAAAAUUGGCGACUAUGUAACUUUCGGUUGGAAUUACACUUCUCUUGAGGCGACACCUUCUGCUGUUAAUAUUAUGGCCACAUGUACAGCCAAUAAACAGCUUUAUACCAUUCAAAUGAACCAAACUGUAGCUAAUAAUACGGGAAAAGUUGUUUGGGACACCGGUAGCUACCAGGCCACAGCCGUGCAAAAUCCACUCCUGACACAGACCUAUACUCUAAUAAUAUUUGAUUCAGAAAGCAGUAUAAGUGCAACUGCGCAACCAGGAUAUCUUGCUGUAUACAGUCAAUAUACUUUUGGAAUGUACUCACCACAAUCUUAUACACCCUUAGGCGACUUUAAGUGUGUAACUUGCAGCAAUGGACUUAGCGAUAUUGAACGAAAGACCCUCGGAGUAAUAGUUGGGACAAGUCUUAUUACCUUGAUAAGCUUCACAUGGUUUGUGAGAGGGUUCGGAAUCAUCUGGUAA